CUCAGGUCAAGGUGAAAUGGCGAGUGUCACAAAAAUUGUCAGCUGCUUUGCUAAGUCUCGUAUUCAAAAAUCGUAUCCUACGGCUUGUAUGGUAUGCCAAUCUAAGACAUAUUCAAAUCUUACAAAGCACCAGAAGGAGAGAAUAGCCAGUGGACCAGGGUUGGAAGAUUUCAUACAGGAAAAUACACCAGAGACAGAAUCUUGGUCAUAUCCUUUAAAAUUACAAGGGAAGAGAAAAGAAAGAUUGCGUCUGCCACCAUGGUUGAGAACUGACAUUCCAAUAGGACAGAACUACACCAAGCUCAGAAAGGACCUCAGAGAUCUUAAACUCCACACUGUGUGUGAAGAAGCCAGAUGUCCUAAUAUAGGAGAAUGUUGGGGAGGAGGAGAACACAGCACAGCAACAGCUACCAUUAUGGUUCUUGGAGACACAUGUACCAGAGGCUGUAUGUUUUGUUCAGUGAAGACCUCCCGUGCCCCGCCCCCACCUGACCCCCAGGAGCCAGUGAAUACUGCCAAAGCUAUCACAGAGUGGGGGCUGGACUAUGUGGUGCUGACUUCUGUGGACAGGGAUGAUUUGUCAGAUGGUGGAUCUAGUCAUUUUGCUCAGACUGUCAUAGAGAUCAAAAAAAGCAACCCUUCUAUGAUGGUGGAAUGUUUGACCCCAGACUUCCGCGGGGACCUGAGGGCAGUAGAAACAGUGGUAGACUCGGGAUUAGACGUCUACGCACACAAUGUAGAGACCGUCAGGGAUCUUCAGUGGUGUGUCAGAGAUCCAAGAGCCAACUAUGAGCAGUCUUUGCAGGUGCUGUCCCAUGCCAAAAAAUAUAACCCAUCCCUGAUUACCAAGACCUCCAUAAUGCUGGGACUGGGGGAGACUGAUGACCAGGUCAUGGAGACACUUGAAGAUCUGAGGCAGAUAGAUGUCGACUGUGUGACACUGGGGCAGUAUAUGCAGCCAACUAAGAGGCAUUUAAAAGUGAAGGAAUAUGUAACACCAGAGAAGUUUGCUCACUGGGAAGAGGUGGGCAAUAAGCUGGGGUUCCUGUAUACUGCCAGUGGUCCUCUGGUCAGGUCGUCAUAUAAAGCAGGGGAAUUUUUCAUACAGAACAUUUUACAGAAGAGGAAAGAACAGGCAAGGAAGGACCCUUGACUGGAUAUUUGUAUACAGAUGAUGUUUGAUGAUAGAGAGGACUUUUGGUUUGAGUACUUGUCUUUUGUAGACAAAUAUAAAUAUCAAAUAUUGCAAACAGGAAUACUAAUUUGAAAAACAGCCCUUAAUCCCUUUAAAAGCACAACAACACAUUAAGUGUGAAUAAAAAACCUCUAUACUGUUAUUUAAAAUAUCAAAUGUUACUCCAAUGAGCAAUUCUACAAACAGACAGCUUUUUUAAGUAGCAAUUUAAGCACUUGCAUCAAAAACCUUAUGUGUCUCCACUGCUCCACCUCCACUUGUUUUUUCUUCUUACAUUAGUUGUCUGGACAACAUGUUAUUUUAAAUAGUUUAUUUGAAAUAAAUAUAUGUUAUUAAGAUUAUUAAACUUGUGUUUCACUUUUGAUAUGAGCAAAGCAAUUUUCUGUGAAAAAUAUUAAACAUUUAACAAGGACUUAAAAUGAUGACAAAUUCCAGUGAAACAAUAAAAAAUAAACAAUCAUCUACAGUCAGUUUUGUUCUUCCUCAAAACUCUAAUUCCACUUGAUCGAAAUUAAGACAAAAAGGCUACAGUGAAUCCAUCACAAA